CCUGGAUGGAACAUCAUGGCAUAUUUCAUUUAUCCAUGUUGCGGCGUGUUUUGGAAUUUGCUGCAGUCCAAGAUUGUCGACAUCACGAGGCACAUCGGGAAAACAUCCCAUCUACGCCACAGAUUACCUUUUAUUUGACCAAAAAUGCAUCAAAAGUGUGUUCGGUGAUAAAUCCAUCAGCAUUUUGUAGCAUUAACAGUGAGCGCCAGUGAAAGUUUGGGGUGGAAAAGUGUCGUGAAAAAAAUGACACGUAGAAAUUUCGGUCAAUUUGUUGAUGAUAAAAAAGAAAGUUGAGAGAGUUUUUUGCCCAUCGAGAAGCCCCCAUUCAACACCCAAUUACAGUCUCUACGGAUUUAUUGACACUUUUCUGCAUUUGAGACAUUUCCCAGAAAAAAAAAACGAGGCGCCCCAAACAUGGCUUACAAGGCAGAAACGAAACCGCAGCAGGAUUACAAUUUCAUGGUGAAGAACUUCUUUGCAGGCGGUUUAGCAGGAAUGUGCUCAAAGACUGCUGUAGCACCAUUGGAUCGUAUCAAGAUCCUCUUUCAGGCUCACUCGAAGCACUACAAGCAUUUGGGUGUAUUCAGUGGCCUCAAGGAGAUCGUCAUGAAGGAGUCCUUCUUUGCCCUGUAUAAAGGAAAUGGAGCCCAAAUGGUCAGAAUCUUUCCUUAUGCUGCUAUUCAGUUUACGGCAUUUGAAAUAUACAAAAAGUACCUGAUAACCGCUCUGCCGGCUUCUAUAAUGUAUGUAAAGCAUGCGGAUAAGUUCUUUGCGGGAGCUGGUGCUGGACUCACGGCGGUAACUCUUACGUAUCCAUUGGAUGUAGUUCGAGCUCGAUUAGCCUUCCAAGUGACGGGAGAACAUAAAUAUUCGGGUAUUGUGAAUACAGCUACUACGAUUUUUCGCAAUGAGGGUGGUCUGAGGGCACUGUAUCGGGGUUUUGUGCCAACUCUGUCGGGAAUGGUGCCCUAUGCUGGACUCUCCUUCUACUGCUUCGAGAUGUUCAAGUUCCUAUGUAUGAAGUACAUCCCACAGUUUACGUGCAACGCCUCAGACAGAAAUACCGGUGGUCUUGUUCUCAAUGUGCCUUCCAAACUUCUCUGUGGAGGCUUUGCCGGUGCUGUAGCACAAUCUUUCUCGUAUCCAAUGGAUGUGACUCGAAGACGAAUGCAACUGGCCUUGAUGAAUCCCGAUACAGCUAGAUUUGGUAUGGGUAUGUUUAAGACCCUGACGCUGAUUUAUCGUGAAAAUGGCAUCAUUAAGGGACUGUAUCGUGGAAUGUCCAUCAACUAUUUGAGAGCCAUUCCAAUGGUAGCUGUCUCAUUCUCUACCUAUGAACUUAUGAAGCAGGCACUUGCUCUCGAUACUGGCAUGAAUCUCUGAAUACCUUGGGAGAUGCUGGUUUUGCCAAUAGGAAAUGUUGCUUAAAAUGUUUUUUUUUUCUUUAUUUUGUAAAUCAGUAAGGUGCUGGAUUUUUUUUACUUAUUUAAUUUUAUAGUUUGGAAUAUAGUGAAGUUUUUAUAGAUGGUGAGGCAUCAACUAAGACGGGUAAAAUGAUGUGGAUUUAUUUGAGAGAUAUUUUUUCGACAAUGAACAUGACAAUUUUCUAGAUCAAUUUCUGACCAGAAUUGAUGAGAACUUUAUUAAAAUAUUGUUUUAUAUAAACAUUCCGAACACGAAUCAAGAUAUUCUUAAGAAAAAUGAUUAGAAAAUAAAAGGAGAAUGAAUAGUUUUUAUUCAAUUUUGUUGAACAUUUUUAUUGAUUGAGUUUUUUUUUCUUUUUUUUAUAUUUUGCCUUUUUACAUUAAUUUCAGCAGCUCUCUUUUAUGUAUUUUCAAUGAUAUUUCUCUGAAGCAUUCAACUGUUUUUACGCAUUUAUGUUUUCAUGCUAAUAAUUUUUCACAUUAUUCUCAUAGAAAAGGUUUUCAGAGCAGUUUGUUAAAAAUUUGUCACAAUUAUGCUUUUCUGUGGAAAAUUUUCGUCAAAUCGGCAAGAGAAUAUCAUUGAGAGUAUCAUGUUAGCAAACAUAUACCAACUUUUAACAAAAGAAGUUUGUAACUUAGUUUGUUAAAAGGAUAUUCUAAUGCUGUUCUGACAAAAUUUUACAUAUUUUAGAUAGAAAACAUCCUUUUGACAAACUUUCAACAAACAGCGAAACCUCUUCUUUCAUAAUAUUAUUCUUUUUUUCAUUGCUUUUUAUUUAUAAAAUCAGUUCCCAUUACAUUGUUGUUGUUGAUAGAUUUUAAGUUCAAAUUGCAGAAUGUGCAUUUGCAUCGGAAUAAUUGUUUUUAACAUGCGUCCAUUGGGAUAGUAUUAUUUCUCUCAAUGUACGCAAAGAUUCAAAUCAAAAUGCAAGAUAUUGUAAUUUGGCAUUUUCUUAAUUUUAGAAGUUACAGUGAUGACAACGUUGUUGAAAUUUCAGGUGAUAAUGGUCACAAACUUAAUAACAAAAAGCAAAUUAUUGUUAAAAAUUGUGUUGAGUGUCUUAAAAAUAAUACGUUAAAACAUUUAUUAUCUGAGUUUCCUAGAGUUGAUGUAAGAACUCUAGGAGUAUUUUUGUAAUUAUUUUAUAUUUUACGACAUUUUUUCAUUGCUCGAAAAUAAUUACAGAGGUCAGUCGAAAGAUUUUAAUGAGGUGAAUUAAAAAAAAUAGUGCUAGGGAUAGUAUUAAUGACUCUCUUCUUUUUCUCUAUGAAUAUGACAAUAAAGAAGUUUUUCGUAA